AUAUUUUAUGUUAUGGACUUUUCCUAACUUAGGAGAUUAAAAAGAAGAAUUAAAGUGGUACUCGAUCUCUUCAGACUUGUACUUCAAAUUCAUUUCUGAUAUUUAGUGUUGGCACGAUUUUUGGUUGUAUAGAUUGAAAGAACUCGUUGCAUGUUGAUAUGGUUUGAAAAUUCUUAUUUAAGUGUGAAGAAGUCGAUCAUUGUAGAUAAUUUUAUUUGUUUCGUUUUUAUUUUAAGUAGAUUAGGAACCAAAUUUCAAAACCCCUAUUUUAUUCUUUUAUUUUUUAAUUGACCUUUUUGUGCAAGUGUACCCUACAAUUCCCGGACUGAACGAUCUUUGCUUAUUCUAUACUGACAACUACAUUUUGCAGGGUUAAAUUGUAAGGCUAUUUUAGCCGUACCACGCACCGCCUGAGUGGUCAAAACCAAAGCAUUAGAAAAUUGGUGCAUUUGCAGCUGAAAAGGGGUUAGGAACCGACGAUGGGAAGAUAAGGUUGGCCCAAUGAGCAGAAGGGCUAGCCACCAAAGCCGUCAUAAGAAAGGAUGUUCCUAGCGUUUGAACGAAAUUGAAGAACUUGGAGGGUUUCAUAUCAUUCUGGGAUAAAGGGAGAGAGAGAUGGAGAACUCCAUUGGUGUCGGAUUCAUGGCGGUUUUCGCUGUUUCUGGAAGUGUUGUUCUUCUUGCCCAUCAAGUAAACAAGCGUCUUCUCUCUCAUUUCAUGAAGGAUAUUGAGUUUGAAUUGGGUGGUUUGCUGUAUAAUCAUCACCAUGAUCACCACAAGAGAUUGGGUGGGUCUGAGAAAACCCAACAAUGCAAGAAGAUGGUUCGAUUUGCAGAUGAUGUUGCGGAACCAUCAUCAAACAACAAAGAGUAUCGCAAGAGGCGGAUGACGAAGCAGACUAAUGAUGGUCAUGGUUACAAAAUUGAGAGCAACAUGCCACUCAACAGGUGAUUAUGUUCUUCAUGAGUGAUUAGCAUUGGAAGUUUGGAACUCCUUUUUAAAAAAAAAAAAAAAUUGGACGAGAUUGAGGUCCAAGCGGGUGGAGGAGAUCAUGCAAAUAACGAGGCCCAACCCCAAACCCCUAAAUUCGCAGUUUCAGUCUCUUCGUCUCCGUAAUUAUCUUUUUUGUCACCGUGUCCCUGCAAUUUAGUUUUCGUUAGUUUUAUUACCGCAUUUUGGUUCAAAACUUCAAACUAUCUACAUAUUCAUAUUUGUCCUUUUUCUUUU